GCGAUGGGCCGGCGCCACCCGGGCCCGGGCAGAGCAACAAUGCGGACCCCCCCUUCCCUGGGUUGAUCUGCUGCUCCGCUAGCUGUCCCUGCCUUGUGCUCCCUCCCCCAAUCUGCCUCUCUGCUGUCUGCUCCCUGCCCUGUGCUCCCCACCCGAACUGCUGCUCGGCUUUCAGCUCCCUGGGGUGCCCUCUGCUCUGCUUCCCGAUCUGCUGCUCUGCUCUCCGCUGCCUGCCCGUCCCCUCCCUGUCUGCCACUCUUAGGGGCUGCCCAUGCCACUUGUGACACACAUACUGCAGGUUGAAACUCUGUGGAAAAGAAUGGGGUUUGAUAUUGAGCGUUUUGUGGGCUAUGUUAAUGAAGGACUUCUGUGCUCCAUAUGCCGGGAUGUUUUAGAAGAUCCCUUGCAGGCUCCUUGUGAACACGCUUUCUGCACUACAUGUAUACAUGGAUGGCUUGUUCAUCACAGUAACUGCCCCGAGGACAGGCAGGCACUUGAUGCAUCUGUGCUACACCCUCUCUACAGAUAUAUGAAAAAUGACCUAAAUCGACUUCAGCUUCACUGCAAAAACAGAGAACAUGGCUGUGACAUGGUCUGUUCUCUAGAAUCUAUAGACAGACAUGAGAGAGAAUGUGAAUACGGCCAGAUAUCUUGCUCAAAUGCUGGUUGUCCAGUUCAGGUUGAACGACGUAACUUAGAUAGCCAUUUGGCACUGUGUGAAUACCGGAGCCGUGAGUGUCCCAAUGGUUGUGGUUACACAGUCCUCAGUACAGAAGACACACAGCAUAACUGCGUCGCAGAGCUAAGAACAGAACUGGAAUUGCUUCGGUCAGAAAUGAUCUGCAGAGUGGAAGAAGCAAAGCAUGAGAUGGAAUCUAGGUUGGAUUCCCAGAGAAGACACAUGGUGCAAAAGGAGAGCAUGCUGCAAAAUGAAAUUGAGGAGCUGAAGAGUCAGAUGUCACGAAUGAUGUCUGACGUGCGCUCCCUCCUGGCAGCAGAGAGACAGCAUCGUCAAGAGCUGGAGCAGGCAGAGCUUGAAAAGCGUGAAUUAAUGGAGUUGCUAAAAAGCCUGCAGAAAGACUGCCGACUGAACACUACUGAGGGAAACAAGAAAUCCACAAACUUUCGACCUCUAACACGGCUGGAGAGUAUGAAACGAAAACCUAGGGAAGUUACCGUCAUCUAAAAAGAAGUAUGAUUAAAACUACUUGAACAUUAAUACAACAGACCACCAUUUUAUACAAAAGAAAUAUGGUUACAUGGAUUUCAGACUACUAAAACCUGGAGCUAUACAACAGCAACAGUAGGAUUUUAUAACAGACCCACAAAUCUUGACUUGUGGGGUUUCUUAUAUCUGAGGACUGUGAACAUUUAGAACAGGAGUGGGCAAUUAUUUGGGCCUGUGGACCACAUGAGUAGUUGUGGGGAGCUGUUGUGAGCCUGUCUGCACCCUCCCCCCAUCCCACAUAACUCACCAAACCCAGAGCCUGCGGGCCCUGCAGCCCCUCCCUGCCACUACCACUAUUGCCCAGUAGCAGCUGAGCACACAGCUCUUGUCCAAGCCCGCCGCACACCUGCUCCAGACUUGUCCAAGCCCGCCGCACACCUGCUCCAGACUUGCCCCAGCUGAAUCAAGCCAGCUCCAGACCAGCCAGGACCCAAGUGCACAGCCGUUUCUGGCCCACCCUGUACCUGCUUCAGACCUGCCCUGGACAGAGCAAACUAGCUCCAGACCAGCAGGGCUGGGGCAGCUCCUGGUUGCUGCCGCCAGCUCCGGCCCUAUGGAGACCGGUAGGGUCCUGUGUGCCCAGCCCCAACCCUGGCCCACCCCAUGCCUGCCUUGGACCAGCCCAUCCACAAUGAGAAGCAGCAGCCAGGCAGAAGCUGCUGCUGGGCACAGAGGAAAAACAGCAACCCCCUCACUGCUGCCAGGACCUUCUUUUUGCAGCUGCCCACACCCAGAUGCCCUGUGGCUCCUCUACUGAGACCACUGCCAUGCUGGGCAGCCCAGAGGUGGUGCUGGUAACAGGGGUUAGAACUUCAGGGCAGCCUGGACAUGGGAUCCAGGCAGCCACAGCAAGAAGGGCCCAGCAGCAGCAGUGAGGGGAGACAGCUACUUUUUCCCUUACGCCCGGCACAGAUUCUGCCUAAGUGCUGCCACUGUUGCUGAUCAGCAUGGGCGAGCCAGUCUGGAGUGGGCGCAGGAUGGGCCAGGGUCAGGGCUAGGGCCGUGCACACAGGUUCCUGCCAGUCUCCCCAGGGCUGGGGCUGGUGGUAGCAACCGGAAGGAGCCGCCCCAACCCCACUGUGCACCCAGGGUAGCGGGAUGUGUGUUAUGGGCCAAACAGAUUAGGCCCAUAGGUCAGAUUUUUCCCCACUCCGACUUAGAUUUGGAGCUGUGUAAAUUUCUAGUUACCUUGCUCUUGUUCUCUAAACUUCUCAUGACUCUUGCUGCACUAUUUUUUAGCACUGCUGUUAGACCAUAUUCUGUCCUCAUACCUAUGCAGUAGAAUAAAAAUUGGCCUGUUUUUAGUUACUAAAUUUGCUAACUCCAAUUGUGAACAAUUCAGAAAAAAAUUCAGGUGACACAAUCUUAAGCUAAUUUUCUAAUUUAGAAGACAAUACCCUUACGUGCCUUGUUAUUCUUUGUAUUUAAAUCUUUAUAGCAAAUGAAUAUAACCAAAGAUUUAUUUUGGAAGGUAGCCUUCUUUAGUAUUUACACUACCUUUAACAGACUUACAGUCACUUCUCCAUCCUACCCCCUGCCCUCCAAAAUUAAAUGUUAAGGAAUUCAGUUUAUUUUAUUUAGAAUUCUUAGCAUUUUUCUUUACUAGUGAAAAGAAAAUGAAAACCUUACAAGCUCAGGGCUUCUCUACACUUGGGCACUGACUGGACAAGCUCCUUUUAUGGACAUUCCUAUUGUGAAUCUGUCUACCGGGGAGUUGUUCCGAGAAUAGCCCUUCCACUUUAAAUUCAUGCCCUGUUUUUCUGGAUUGAUUUCUAAGUGUAGACAAACCCUUGGAUCAUACUAGUAGCCUUUUUCUAACCUGGGAUCCUAGCACAUUUCUUAAGCAGCUGUGUCAAAAGCAGUGUAAGAUUGUAAAGCAAUAGCCAUACCUUUUAAAGAGCUUGGCUUGUGGAAUGUGUUUACUUUGCACAGAGUGGUGCAAGCCUCCUUCAAACCUGCUGGCAAAGCCCAGAGCUGCUUUUAUUUUGAGCUCACCCUCUUCCACUGCCACCCAUCCCCCAUCUUUGUCACUGGUGGUUUUGUAGCAUUAACCUAGACAGCUGUUUUUUCAGGAUAUGCAGUUACAGCAAACAUUAAAAAAAAACACCCAAUAGAAAUUUUCCUUCAUCAUUUAAACUGAAUGAAAUUGGUCUGCUAGUGUGUCACUGAAGUCAGCAUUUAAGCAGCAAGACCAGAUGGAUUAUCCUUCCAGAACUGCACAUUAGAACUGAUCAUUUGAACCACAAUGUGUGGUUCCGACUCAUAAAAAUCAGGUCAGGUUCAACUUGGUGCCUGGGGGCUUUGUAUAACAUUUUCUUAUACUACCUAUUUGCAUACUAAAGAUUUAUCAACAGAAAAAGUAGACUUCAUAUGUCAUGGAAGCAGAAUUAGCACCUGCUGUUUAUUUGGAAGACUAGAAUAUCAACCACCUUUCCUUUAGUCAAAUCUAUUCAUUAGAUUAGUACAUUUUGUUUCACUUAAUCUGGUUUACUAGUGACUUUAAAGAUGCACCAAAAUCAGUUUGACACCUGGUCUUCCCUGGCUUUUAUGCCUGACCACAACUCAAAAUUCCCUCCCACACAAGCCUUCCAGAAGCUUAAAAAUUCCCGUGGAAUAAUUAGUGAACUAGGCUAGAUCUUUGUGGUCAGUAAUUGCUUUCUUUAUUGAAAGGUAACACUAGAAGUCUUCAUUUGAUUGGUUUCAGCAGGACUUUGGAAUGCCAGGGCAACUAUACAUGUAACAGCACACAUCAGAGCAGACUCUAAUCGACUCUGCUGUGAGUCUACUAGAGCAUGCCAGUUAGCGCGCUCCAGAAGCCUCCAUAUGUGUAUUCAGCAUCCACAUUUCAAAAUGGCCAUGGGGGCACUUGAACUAAAGCUUGUUCAAAGAGCUUUAGUUAAGUGCCCCUACUGCCAUUUUGAAGCGCAGGACACUGAAUACAUGUGACACUGUGGGUGCUUUAAUUAGAGUGGCUCUGAGUCACUUAUAUUGAAGCACCCCCACCUCCAUCCUGGAGCAUAUAUAUAGAUGCCCCAAGAAACUGUGAUCAUUGAGGAUCUUAUGCUUAGCUUAACUGAGUUGCAGUGAAAUCUGUUUGUUGGUAAUAUUCCCAGUUAAGCUAUUUUGGUUAGGCUGAUUCUAAUAUUUAGAUAAGAUGAAAAUUUAGCUUAACAUAUAUUGUAUAUUAUCAGACAUCACAAACUAUACAGCAAGUUUUUACUCCUUAGAUGAAAAAGUGAAUGAAUGAUGUAGCUAAAUAACGUAAAAUAAUAACCAUAACUAUUUUAGUUGGAAAAUUGUGGUAUGUUUUUAAUGUCUUAAAACAUCAUUAGGUAGUAUAAGAUUUUUUUUAAGUUAAAUUCCAGGCAGUUUAAUAAUAGUUCCUGAAAUAUAUUAAAAUAAGGAACCCUAUAAAUUUUGCCACAUUGCUCCCUGGCUAUUUUUUCAUAGUUUCAUAGUUGGUUGGGUCGGAAGGGGCCUAAGUAGAUCACAUCAAGUCUGACCCCCUGCCAUGGGCAGGAAAGAGUGCUGGGGUCAAACGACCCUGGCUAGGUGAUUAUCCAGCCUCCUUUUAAAGAUCCCCAGGGUAGAAGCAAGCACCACUUCCCUUGGAAGUUGGUUCCAGCUCCUAGCUGCCCUGACUGUGAAGUAGCGCCUCCUGAUAUCUAGCCUGAAUCUACUCUCUGUCAACUCACAGUCAUUAUUCCUUGUUACUCCUGGUAGUGCUGGGGAGAACAGGGACUCUCACAUAGCCUGCUGGUCCCCCUUGGCCAGUUUGUAGACGGCCACCAGAUGUGAUGCUUCUCUGCAGAUAUUGUUUAGGAGUCCAAGACGAUACAUACAGAGACCAAAUAUGACCUUUUGUUUCCAUAUGUACUACUUCAGUGGAUCCACACCAUUUAUUCCUGGGAGGCACAGAGAAAACUUAAGCAGAGUUAUUUUUUCAGUCAAUAGGUGCCUUUUUAAAUACCUGCAGUUUUGUGCAACUUUCAAGCAUCUUCCAGCACUACAGUUCAGUGCCAAUCUACUCAAAGAAUGACACUUAUUAUCUUUAUGAAAAGACAGAAAAAUAGGAUUUAAAAAGUUGCAUUUGGGAACUAAAUAUUAUAUGAUAGUAUCUGUAAAAGAAGCCAACGUAAGGCUUGUAUCAAAUUGAACUAAUAAAGGUAGUUUAUGUAA